GCAGGGCGGAGUUGUGGCGAGCGGCGCGGCGGUGGCGCCGGCCCCUGGCCCUGACUCCGGCGGCGGCGGGGAGGAGCGGGCGCUGCCGCCCUGCAAGGCUUCCCGGCUGCGCCCUUUGCCCCGCUGCGGGGGAAACCGGGCGGCCGGGGAGAGAGAGCGGCGCACGCCGAGCUCGGGARGCGGCUACGGGGAGCGGAGCCCUGUCCCGGCUGCCGCGGGAGGCCGGAGGGAGGCGGGAGCCCAACGAGGAAAGCGAGGAUAAAUGGGUGUGUACGACUUUUCUCCCGAUCUAAAGCGGUUCCAUGUCUUGUUUGGACUGCUCCUGUAUUCUGCGUACACCMGUUGAAUCAAUCAGACCAGAAGAGCUAUCUCAAAGCAGCAUCAAUGAAUGCCUGGCUGAUUCUGAUCUAGCCUGGAUUCCUCCAUCUGCAGGAAGGAAUGAAAUGGUAUUUUGCUCUUCUAAUGUCUCUCAUUAUGAACUCCAGCUGGAAAUAGGGAGGAGGUUCAACAACUUAACAUCAGUCUACCUUGCACGGCACACACCUACGGACAUGCAAGUUGCUGUAAGGAUCACAGACCUAGAAAACUGCUCUGAAGAGCACUUGAAAGCCUUACAGAAUGAGGUGGUUUUAUCACACUUUUUCCAGCAUCCCAACAUAAUGACAUUUUGGACAGUGUUUACAGCUGGAAGCUGGCUUUGGGUCAUCUCCCCAUUCAUGGCCUAUGGUUCAGCUAGGCACCUGCUGAAGACUUACUUUCCUGAAGGAAUGAGUGAAGCUUUGAUAGGGAACAUUCUGUUUGGCGCAAUCAGAGGAUUAAAUUACAUGCACCAGAAUGGAUAUAUUCACAGGAAUAUUAAAGCUAGCCACAUUCUGAUUUCAGAGGAUGGGCUGGUUUCUCUCUCUGGCCUAAGCAACCUCUACAGUUUAGUUAACAAUGGACAGAAGUCAAAGGUGGUAUAUGAUUUCCCCCAGUUUAGUACAUCCGUGCUUCCUUGGCUGAGUCCUGAACUACUGAGACAGGAUCUGUCUGGCUAUAACAUGAAGUCUGACAUUUACAGUGUGGGAAUUACAGCAUGUGAAUUAGCCAAUGGACAUGUUCCAUUUCAAGAUAUGCCUCGCACUCAGAUGCUGUUGCAAAAGCUGAAAGGUCCCACAUACUGUCCUUGGGAUAUAAAUACCUUUCCCCGGGGGGAAUCCAGGAUGAAGAAUUCCCGGUCAGGUGUUGAUUCUGGAAUUGGUGAGAGCAUGACACGAACAAUGACCAGUGAAAGACUACCAAUGCCCUUUUCCAAAACAUUUUCRCCUGCUUUCCUCAACUUGGUAGAACUUUGCUUGCAACAGGACCCUGAGAAAAGGCCAUCAGCAAGCAGUUUGCUUUCGCAUACGUUCUUCAAACAGAUAAAAGAACAAACACAGAAUUCACUACUGUCUCUAUUACCACCUCCUAUUCAAAAUAACAGAUCAGAGUUUUUGGCACUGCCCUCAGCAGCAGUUGAGACUGAACUUGGACGUAUUGCUACAAAUCAAGAUGAUACAGACUGGGAAUUCUGAAUAAAUACCAAACAGUGAUACCUCUCAAAUGUUUCAUAGAAGGAAAAUGUGAUUUAUAUUUGCUGCUUUUAUAUGGUUAAAAUACAGUUAGACCAAGUAUACUUGAAAUGCCAUGAAAUGGCUCUAUUUCAUUAACUUCCUCUUGGCAUCACAAAAUGCAGCAUGCCUCACUCUCAGACUGCAAGGAAAACUGUGUAUAAAGAAUGCCUGAGUGCUUGCUUCUCUCUUUCAAAGUCUUUCUGAACAAGAGAGUCCCUGCUGUAAUCUUAUUCUGUACUGUAUUAUCAGCUCAUAUUACUGCAGUCCACAUACCUUUCUGAAUUCAGGCCAGGGAUUUGUCUGUGAUCUUGCUUAAACAUCUAUUUGUCUUUUCAUUAUGACCCAAAUCAUUUUAGUAAGGAGAAAUCCUCCAUUUCCAAGUUGAAAUGUGAAAUUACAUAAAUUAGUUGCUUAUGUAAAUAAAUGUUUCUCUCUCAAAAGACAUUUUGCUCACUUCACAUGCUGUCAUAUUUGCCAAAAGUUAGUUAUGCAUAAUUUUUCAUGUGGUUUUAAUACUGCAUGUUUCCCAAAGAGGUUAAGCUGCUUGGAAGGCUCAUGUUCUUGCAUYUGUCUACAUUCUUAGUACAAAUCUGGGCUUUUGCACCUCUGUUUAUUGUUAUGUCAUUUUAGCAGUUAAUCUGAGGACUUCUUACUAUGCAGAAUAAGUCUCAAGUUUUAGCAGGUACAGGUUAAUUUUGAGGAGUCACAUUAAAUAAUCUAAAGUUACUGUACAUAUUUUUAUUUAUACUGUAUUCUUGUUCACCACCUGAAUUUACCAGAACCUAAAACUGUUUUCUCAGAAGAAAAGGCAACAUGCUUUAAGCUUCAGUGGCAUUGUUGCUUGCAAACAAGCCUCUUCUGCAAGACAGAUUUAAAUUCCCAGGGAUAGACUCAGCAGAAACCAACAACCCCCUAGGAUCCAAGUGAAUUUUUAUCAGCAUUUCAUCUGAGUUUUCAUCUGUUCUAAGUCAGAUGAAAAGCUUUCUUCUCCCUACAGUUCAGUAAGUUCUUUYUUCUCAUACUGUACCAGGGAACUCAAACUGAACAAAAGCAGCUUUCUUUUUUAAAACUGGGAUAUUCUCAUCGUGUUGUAGCAAAAGCUGUGUCUCAAAGCCACUAAUACUUUACUGAUGGAAGAAUGACUGUGGUAAAAAAGUAUAUAUAGAUAUUUAAUGGAUAUAUUUUAAAUUCUCAGCAUAAACAGCAUUCCAUGUAAGUCUUUAAGUCUUCCAUAGCUGAGCAGCCUAUAGCCAACCUUGASAGUACCACUGUAUUGACAGCAGCUUUGCCACAAGAUCUUGAAGACCAAAUGACUGAAAUACAAGCCUGAGAGACAUAAAAUUCUAAAUGACCACAUAAAAAUGAUUCUACUCACUAUGCUGUGAAGAGAUCUCUGUACUUCUAACAUGUAAAACUUAAGAUGAAAAMCUUGUCAAUAAACUUACCCUAUCUGCCUCCAUUUAUAUCUGUAAUUCUUGGACUUCUGUUUUCACCGUAGUCCAGCCAUACAAACAGCUUCUUGUUACUGCAGGAAAAAAAUCAUAUUUUUGUCAAUUAUUAGGUAAGAAAAUAGUUAACUAAACUAGAAAACKAUUCUGAUUUUAAAAAUAUUAGUAACUUUAUUGUGUACUCUGGGAGAAGAUACUAUUUUCAUGUGGACCCCAUGUGUUUAAUUCUUAACCAUUACAAAUUUGGAGUGUUUGCAAAUCAAAUAUAUUAGAUAGCAUCUACAAGUAAAUUUUGACUAACAGUACAUGUAAAAACCAAGUCAAGUGAAAACACAUAUGAAGUUCUACAUAUUUUAGUUACAGACCUGUGAAUAAAUAUUAGUACUACGAAAAACUAUAGAAAACUUCAGGCAGCUGAACUGCUGGUGUUUUYAAACUUCUCUUGCAACAAGUGCUGUAGGCUCUAAAGACAAACUUGUAUACUACUGAUAAUGUCAGUACAAAGUCAUUCAAACCACCUUGUGUUCCAGUGGAGUUACUUUGCUGCUCUCUCUUUCUGGGAAAAAAAAAAACAAACAAAAAAACCUGACUUCUAAACACUGUUCCAAU